AUGGAAAGCCUUUCCCAGCUUGUCACCACCCACCAAUGGGGCACCCACUUUGUUAAUUCCACACCGCCCAUGUACGGCUUAGCCCAAUGCUUCCAAGACCUCUCUCACACUGACUGCCUCCUCUGCUACGCCGCUAGCCGCACUAAGCUCCCUCGCUGCCUCCCCUCCCUUUCCGCUACCAUUUUUCUCGACGGUUGCUACCUCCGUUAUGAUAACUACAGCUUCUACCAACAAUCCACAGACCCUUCUCGUGACGCCGUGAACUGCAGCUCGUCAUCAAAACACGGGCUUGAAAAUGAAGAUCGAAUGGAGUUUGUGAGGAAUGUCGGGUUUGCGAUUCGUAAUGUUACUAAGGCUGCUGUUGACAAUGGUGGGUUUGGGGUGGCACAAGUGAAAGGGUCGGUUUAUGCUCUGGCUCAGUGUUGGAAAACUGUAGGGCGUGAUGGGUGCAGAGCUUGCUUGGAGAAGGGAGGUGAGGCAGUGAGAGGAUGUGCACCAAAGAAGGAAGGGAGGGCUUUGAAUGCUGGGUGUUAUUUGAGGUAUUCAACUGAGAAAUUCUAUAAUGAUGAAGAACAAGCGGAGCAUAUGGCAGAUCAUGGUCAUGGGUUGUCAGUAAGUAGAGGAAUCAUCAUAGCAGUGGUUUUGGCAGCAGCUGCCUUCAUAUUUCUGUCUCUCUUUGCUGCUUAUGCAGGCUAUGCAAAAUUGGUACAGAUUAAACAAGAGCGCAGUGGUGUAGGGUUGGCUUCAAUAAGCAUUAACAAGUACUCUAGUUUGAAGUUCAAGUAUGAAACACUUGAAAAGGCCACAGAUUAUUUCAACUCCUCUAAAAAAAUUGGGCAAGGAGGAGGUGGUUCUGUGUUCAAGGGGACUCUUCCAAAUGGAAAAACAGUAGCGGUUAAGAGAUUGAUCUACAAUACCAGGCAAUGGGUAGAUGACUUCUUCAAUGAAGUAAAUUUGAUCAGUGGAAUUGAGCACAAGCACCUUGUCAAGCUUUUAGGUUGUAGCAUUGAAGGCCCUGAGAGCUUGCUGGUUUAUGAGUAUGUGCCUAACAAGAGCCUCGAUCACUUCCUUUUUGAUAAGAACAAGGUUCAGAUUCUGACUUGGAAUGAGCGGUUGAAUAUUAUUAUUGGAACAGCUGAAGGGCUUGCCUAUCUUCACGAAGGCUCCACAAUAAGAAUAAUCCACAGGGACAUAAAAAGCGGCAAUGUUCUUCUGGAUGAGAAUCUCAGCCCAAAGAUUGCAGACUUCGGCCUUGCUCGGUGUUUUGCUGCCGACCAGUCUCAUCUUAGCACUGGCAUUGCCGGAACGCUAGGUUAUAUGGCUCCCGAGUAUCUUGUUCAAGGGCAAUUGACAGAGAAAGCAGACGUUUACAGCUUCGGCGUGCUAGUUCUUGAGAUUGUGUCUGGUAAGAGAAACAGCACCUUCAGACAAGACUGGGAUGACUCGGAUUCACUCUUACACAAGGUUUGGAAACUCUACAUAUCAAAUGACCUAGCUAGAGCCGUUGAUCCUUGCUUGAGAGAUGAUUUUCCUGCAGAAGAAGCAUCAAGAGUACUUCAAAUUGGGCUUUUGUGCACGCAGGCUUCUGUUGCUUUAAGACCAUCCAUGGCUGAAGUAGUUGCAAUGCUGACCAAUAAAGAAAGGGCAGCAAUACCGAAUCCAAACCAGCCUCCUUUUCUAAAUGCCACAGGCAGCAGCACAAUUAACAGAUCUUCUUAUAGCGCAAACAGCUCCAUAUCAAACGCAUUAACAAAAGUUGAAGCGUCCUACACCUCCUCAGAGUCCUCUAGCCUGCGUAGCUCAUAUGGGGAUUUCAAGAACUGUACAAGUUUUGCACAAUAA